UAUUUUGCAUUUUUGGAUAAUCCACAUAUUUUCUGCGCGCCAUAAAAAAUAAAAAGGAAACAAAGAUAGAAAGAAUUUUUGGCGCAGGGUCAAAAAAAUUGUGUAACGGAACUCAUUCACUCUUCGUCGAUGCACCUCCACAAUCUUCCUCGCUCUCCUCCUUCUUCCUCUGGGAACGCAUUAUUUCUCGUUGGUCAGCAUGUAAGUAGGUGGAAGAGUAGUUAUUAUGAAUGUGAGUUAAACACUAGAGUUUUCGAUAAUAGAUUAUUAUUCCGUAAGAAUCAGAGACACAGAGGUGCGAAGAAGAAAUGUUUAGGAGCGUCCGUAUACUGUUCCAGCGAUGUUCCCAAUAGUUCUUCACUGCCUUCUAUUCAGCAACUCAGUGAUGCACGGGUUAUAUAUUCCGUAGCUCCAUCCAUGGGCCACAAUCAGGAGUCUCAUCCAGAAUCACAUUUUAGAGUUCCUGCAAUUGUGAAAGCUCUGGAAGAAAUGAAACUCACUUCAAAGUUCCGUGGCUCUGAGGUCGUUGAACUUCAACAUUUUGAGCCUGCUACGAUCGAUGACAUUGCAAGUGUGCAUGCAAGAGCCUAUGUUUCUGGGCUUGAAAAGGUUAUGGAUCAAGCUUUGGAGAAGGGCCUUAUUUUCAUAGAAGGUUCUGGACCAACAUAUGCUACUUCCACUACCUACCAGGAGUCAAUUGUAGCAGCUGGUGCUGGAUUGGCCUUAGUUGACUCAGUGGUUGCAGCUUCAAAGAUAAAUAAAGAUUCGCCUACUGGUUUUGCUUUGAUAAGACCACCAGGACAUCACGCUGUUCCAAAAGGACCUAUGGGCUUCUGCAUUUUUGGAAAUGUGGCCAUUGCGGCUCGUCAUGCUCAGCAUGUUCAUGGACUGAAGCGUGUGUUUAUAAUUGACUUUGAUGUUCACCAUGGGAAUGGAACCAAUGAUGCUUUCUAUGAUGAUCCAGAUGUAUUUUUCCUUUCCUUCCAUCAAGAUGGAAGCUAUCCAGGUACUGGCAAAUUUGACGAGGUGGGUGCUGGGGAUGGUGAAGGAACUACACUAAACCUGCCUCUUCCUGGAGGUUCAGGUGAUACUGCUAUUAGAACUUUGUUCGAUGAAGUUAUUGUACCUUGUGCUCAAAGAUUUAAGCCAGACAUUAUUCUUGUUUCUGCUGGGUAUGACGGCCAUGUUUUGGAUCCACUAGCAAAUCUUCAAUAUACAACGGGAACAUAUUACAUGCUUGCGUCCAGUAUUAAACAACUAGCGCAAAACUUAUGUGGGGGCCGAUGUGUAUUUUUCUUGGAAGGAGGAUAUAAUCUCAAGUCUCUCUCAUAUUCAGUGGCAGACACAUUUCGCGCACUUCUCGGGGACAAAAGCUUGGCAUCUGAGUUUGAUAACCCAAACAUUUUGUAUGAAGAACCAACAAUAAAGAUUAAGCAAGCAAUUCAGAGGAUUAAACACAUACAUUCCCUGUGAUGUUGAAUUUCAAAACCCAACAUCUGUUUAGCAUUACAUUUUUCAUUUUCUGUGGGUUCCAUCCCAAGUUAAUGUCUAAAUCCCUUGUGCGGGCAUCGUCCCACUUGUUACAUAGAAGAAGCCAAUUCAUGGUGCAUGAUUGCUGUGGCAUGUGCCCUUGAAUAAGAACUUUAUACCUGUCAUAACACUUGUCAAUAUAAAUUAAUCUAUUUUGGCACAAGAUUAUGAAAAGUUUUUUAUCUGUAAA